GCGGAGCUGUGUAUUCUUUCUUUGCAGAGAUAGACGCGCUCAUGGUAUGUUUUGGUCCUGGAGCGGACCUGCGUAUUUGUACCUCGUCUCAUGUUAUUUUAUUUGGAAAAACUAUCAACGGAAGUGUUGUGCUUGCUAACUACCGAAAGCAGGGCUGUGCUGUUGGCCGGCGGCUACCUGUCAACAUCUUGGAAUUGUUUGGAGUUCUCUUUAUUGCAAAGCAGUGGUGUAAUGGAAGAACCAUGAAGGCUCAAUUACAAGUUACAGUGAUUUCGGCCCGGCUGAAGGAAAACAAAAAGAACUGGUUUGGUCCCAGUCCAUAUGUGGAGGUUGUUGUGGACGGCCAGUCAAAGAGGACAGACAAGUUCAAUAACACACACAGUCCAAAAUGGAAUCAGGCUCUCACUGUAAUUGUGACCCCUGUUAGCAAACUCAUCUUCCGAGCUUGGAGCCACCAGACAUUAAAGGCAGACAUCCUGUUAGGAAUUGCCUCACUGGAGAUCCUGCAGGCACUCAAGACUAAUGACCUGAAAUUGUGUGAGGUGGUGCAGACCCUGCAGUUGUGUUCUGACGGAGACCCCCAGGAUGUUGUAGGUGACCUGUCGGUCUGUCUGGAUGGCCUGCAAGUGGAUCCUGAAACCUUUGCUUCUGCAGAGAGGGAUUAUAUUGCUGCUUCAAGUAGAAAUGUGAGAGAAAAUGGAGAUGCUAGAAACAGGUCGAGCAGGGAGUCGUCUUCCUCUAGUGACUCAGACGAGUGGGUCAUUGUGCCAUGUGAUCGCGCUUCUCCAGGAGGCUCCUCUGCUUCGCGACCUUCCAGACCAUCUCGACCCUCUCCGUCUCCACAAAGACCUGCAACCUCGCCAGUCUCCUCCAGCAGUUCCUAUCCCAGUGAGCUGAGUGAAGGCCCAUCUUCUGAUGGUACUCAGGCAUCAGCGAAUGGCUGCUCAGGUCUCCAAUGUAACUCAGGUUCUACAGCCACAGGUUCUUCACAGACAGGCUCUGGUCCAAAACCAGAUACCAGUGUUGUAGCAGCUCUGGCUACACCAAGAAUCCCACCUAUCAACAACGCUCCUUUACCACCUGGGUGGGAACAAAGGGUGGACCAAAAUGGUAGAGUGUACUUCGUGGAUCACAUUGAGAAAAGGACGACCUGGGAAAGGCCUGAGCCUCUGCCUACAGGAUGGGAGCGUAGAGUGGACCCUAUGGGAAGGGGGUACUACGUUGACCACAUUACUAGAACCACAACAUGGCAGCGUCCCACUCAGGAGUCGGUGCGAAACUAUGAAGAGUGGCAGAACCAACGCAGCCAGCUGCAGGGAGCCAUGCAGCAGUUCAACCAGAGGUUCAUCUACGGGCUCCAGGACCAGAUUGCAGCUACAGCCAAUAAAGAGUUUGACCCACUUGGGCCUCUGCCACAUGGCUGGGAGAAAAGAACGGACACCAACGGCAGAGUUUAUUUUGUUUACCAUCCAACUCGGUCAACCCAGUGGGAGGACCCCAGGAGGCAGGGGCUUUUAAAUGAUAAACCCUUACCAGACGGCUGGGAGAUGAGGUUCACUGUAGACGGCAUUCCAUACUUUGUAGACCACAACAGGCGAACUACCACCUACAUCGACCCUCGAACAGGAAAAUCUUCACUAGAAAAUGGGCCACAGAUAACCUACGUCAGGGACUUUAAAGCCAAAGUGCAAUACUUCAGGUUCUGGUGUCAGCAAAUGUCAAUGCCUCAGCACAUUAAGAUCACUGUUUCACGAAAAACUCUGUUUGAGGAUUCAUUCCAGCAGAUCAUGAGCUUCCAUCCUCAAGAUCUAAGGCGAAGGCUGUGGAUUAUAUUUCCUGAUGAGGAAGGCUUGGAUUAUGGUGGUGUCGCCAGGGAAUGGUUUUUCUUGCUGUCACAUGAAGUACUGAACCCCAUGUACUGUUUGUUUGAGUACGCUGGCAAAGACAAUUACUGCCUGCAGAUCAACCCUGCUUCUUACAUCAACCCGGAUCAUCUCAAGUACUUCAAGUUCAUUGGGCGCUUUAUUGCAAUGGCCUUGUUCCACGGCAAAUUCAUUGACACCGGCUUCUCUCUGCCAUUCUACAAACGUAUCCUCAACAAACCCCUGGCUCUCAAAGACCUGGAGUCUAUAGAUCCUGAGUUUUACAACUCACUUAUAUGGAUCAAGGAUAAUAACAUAGAGGAGUGUGCUCUAGAGAUGUUCUUCUCAGUCGACAAGGAGAUCCUGGGGGAGGUCACCACACAUGAACUAAAACCUGAUGGAGGUAACAUCCAAGUCACUGAAGAAAACAAGGAAGAAUACAUCAAACUGGUGGCAGAGUGGAGGCUUUCCAGAGGAGUGGAGGAGCAGACUCAGGCUUUCUUUGAAGGCUUCAAUGAAGUUCUGCCUCAGCAGUACCUUCAGUACUUUGAUGCAAAGGAACUCGAGGUGAUGCUGUGUGGAAUGCAGGAGAUAGACCUGGUGGACUGGCAAAGGAACACAAUCUAUAGGAAUUAUGCUCGAAGUAGCAAGCAGAUUGUCUGGUUCUGGCAGUUCAUGAAGGAGAUGGACAACGAGAAGAGGAUGAGAAUGUUGCAGUUUGUAACAGGAACCUGUCGUCUCCCUGUGGGUGGUUUUGCUGACCUGAUGGGGAGCAACGGCCCGCAAAAGUUCUGCAUCGAGAAAGUGGGCAAAGAAAACUGGCUUCCAAGAAGCCAUACGUGCUUUAACCGGCUGGACAUGCCCCCCUACAAGAGCUAUGAGCAGCUGAAGGAGAAGCUCUUGUUUGCCAUAGAGGAGACGGAGGGCUUUGGGCAGGAGUGAUGCAUUGUGGGAAGUUUAGCAGUUUUCAUCUUUCCUGUGUACGUCAGGGAUCGGUAUAGUAGAAAAAAAAUCCUUCUUAGAAUUUCUGCCGGACAGAUCAUGCCGCCUGCAGUUUUUUCUUAACAUAUUUAGUUCAUUGGAUUUAUUUAAUAAUUUAAUUUGCUUUUCGUGAGCUACCUGUGAAUCCUUCCCACCCCUUAUUCACUUCUCAAACCUUAAAUUUGUCUUUAAUCCGGCUAAUCUCAUUUGCCUGUUCAACCCACUGAGUAAGAGUAGAGACAAUAAGGCAGAGAAAAGACGCCUCUUUCACUCCGUCACAUCUGCACUCUCUGGACGUGACAUGAGUCCAGUCUCCAUAUGUUCAGCUGUGAAGUCUACGCAGCACUGGCAUGUUUCAGAUCUAUGCAGAAUGAAUGCUUCUGGAGCAGAGAAGAGUAUUCUGACUUGAGUUUUUAAAAAAAGUAUGUAUUUUGAAGUGAGAUUAGAAGCUAAUGUGUAGUUUAACAUCAAUGUUUUUAAAAAUGUAAUUGAGGAUUUUUUUUUGUUUUAUUUUAAAGUGACUCCCAUAGUAAAUACCUUUUAAAGGCAAUAGAUUUACACCAGGACCAUACUAACUCGAUAAUUAAUUUCUUCCUUAUUUGAAUUUUCUUAAUAAUGAGCUUCACCUUCUAGAUCAUUGUGAAUGUUGUCUUGAAAGAGAAUGUAUUUUCUUAUCUGUACUAGUUUUGUAGCAAUCGUUGAACAGCGAAAUAUCUAAACCGUGGUUGGUUGGUUGAUUGAUUUGUUGCCAUAGCACUUUGACAAAUUUAAUUUUAAAUGAGUAUUCCCAACAUAACGUAAAGGGAAAUAUAUUUACCUGUGAUUAACGUCUUUAAACUUUGCCUUCUUUAAUUUGGCGGUUUUAUGCCAAGUUAUUUGCCACUCUGCAGAACUGUCUUGGAGGGAUCACUGUGCUGUUGAGUCUGUUCAUGAGCUGCUACUAUGACGUGGGGUCGUUAUAAUGGUUUCAAUAGUAUGAAACAAAAAUCUGUUUACUGACUAUUACCCACUGAAUGGUAGCCAUUAAGGUAUUAUCACGCAGUAGAUCCCUGAUGGGAAAAAAACCCUUAAACACUUGGUGUCAGUAUUCUUAAAAAAUAGAGAAUGUCCGUGAAAUACAGUCUUACAGUAGGUGUCAUGGUGCAGUAGACCCCAGUGAUAUACAGGCUUAAAUUAAGAUUCAAAACAUCUAAGUGUGUUUGACCCUAGUUUUAUAGGGUUUUAAAUAUUUAGCCUUGUACAGAUAUUUUUUCUUUUCAAAUCCAAGUAAACGAUGGGGCUUCAAACACGUCCCAUCCCUAACGACACUAACACUGAGUACAUAUCAGUUUCCACUGUUCAGUUGUACAACAUGACCAAAGCAGUACUUUUAUGUCAGCCAGUGUUUAACAUUACAAAGAUAUUUGUAGUACCCUCUCACUCCCCUUUUUUUUUUUCUUUUUUUUUUGCUGCAGUUUUUAGGUAAACAUGACAAAAUAAAACUCUCUCAAUAUUUUACAUGGAUGUUUUUUUAUUCAUAAUGUUGGUUUUACAAACCUCAGUUCUGAAUUACAAUACAAUAUCUUAACAACAGAGUAGUGUGUACAGAGGGUGUGUAAAUGUUAGUAGCACUUCCAGUGUAUAUUAGUAAAAACAAAGACAUUGAUUACCAAGUCACCCUGUCCUUUUUUAUUUAGGAAAACAACACUUUAUAGUUUCUUCAAUAUGAAAUGUUUGGGUUUCUCCACAGUAAUAUUUAUUGUCAUUAAAAAAAACAUUUCACAUUUUUGCAUUAUCUAAAUAAAAUUGUGCAUAAAUUAAAAGAACAUUAAACAAAUUGACGGUUUAGAUUAAUGUCUGUUGUUAUCUUACUUGAUGUCUGUAACUGAUGAAUGAAAAGACUCAUAGGUGAAUUUCAAAGAAGUAAUUUUUAACUUAAUUUCCAAGUUCGUUUGUUUCUUUUUCUUUCUUUUUUGUUCGUUUUUUGAGCAAGUGAGUGAACAUGUCCAAAAAUAACUGUCUAUGGGUGAAAUGGGUUUCUUUUCUCACUGAUGUUAAAAUCUUGUAAAAUAUUUUGGUGAUUAAUUAUGGACUGUUAAAUUUGUUUAACAGAUUAUAACUAAUGAUGUAGCACCUUAACUAUUCAACCAAGUAUAUUACCAGUACAUUUCUGCUGUGUUCCAAUAAUAAUAAUAAUAACGGCCUAUUCAUUUUUUUUUUAAUAAACUUUGACAAACGACAA